AUGGAUCGCCCCAAAGUCACUAUACAUCCAGGUCCAGAAAACUAUGAUUUAUUAAUACUCCAGCAACAGCAUCGAUCCCAGGCUGUGUGGGAUGGAAAAUUGACUGGACGAAAUGCGUGUUUAACUAUACGUCGUGCGAAUCAUGAAUUCUGGAAUCACGUGAGGCAACACCCUUUACAUAAUCGCAUCCUUAAUUACUUUGAGAGGUGUGGAUUUGGGGGAGUUUUAGCAGUAGGUGAUGUGCAGUAUGAUGAAGGAAUCAUCACUGCACUUAUUGAGAGAUGGCGUCCAGAGACGCAUACAUUUCAUAUGCGGACUGGCGAAUGUGCCAUCACACUGCAGGAUGUCGAGGUCUUAUAUGGCAUUCCCAUGGAUGGCCACCCAUUGGUGCAGAGAAAUGUUUUAAAAAAUAACUAA